AUGGAUACUAUAAUCAGUGCUUAUAAAUAUAUUGACGAGGAACUGGCAAGUCCUAUCACGAAGGAUUGGUUCCUCGCAUCCAGCAUAUGGCGAGUGUUAGGCAUUAUACUGGUUUACAACAUUUUCGCGAGGAAACUCGGUCCCUAUUUAAUGCGAAACAGAGAACCAUAUGACUUGAAGAAUAUUAUCCAACUUUACAAUAUAUCUCAAGUAGUUGCUAGUGCAUAUUUAGUAUACCAGGGUUAUUUUUUCUUCUUUGUGAAUGAAUAUAAUUUAUUAUGCCAAGGAGUUGAUGACUCUGAUUCAGAAACGAGUGUGUGGAUAGCGAGAAAUGUAUAUAUUUAUUACAUGUUGAAGUAUAUUGAACUUCUCGACACAGUAUUCUUCAUACUUCGGAAGUCAUUUAGACAAGUGUCGCCUCUCCACCUUCAUCAUCACAGUUUGAUGCCAAUUGUUUCUUGGAUUGCCGUUAGAUAUGUCCCUGGUGGCCAAUGUGUUAUGAUUGGGUUUAUCAACAGCUUCGUUCACAUUAUAAUGUAUGGCUACUACUUCGUCGCUGGCUUAGGGCCGCAAUAUAAAAAAUAUCUGUGGUGGAAGAAAUAUGUUACUGUACUACAGUUGAUACAAUUUACACUAGUUGGUGUCCACAGCGUUGUAAGUAUGUUCUUCCCCUGCUCUUAUCCAGUUAUUUUCAAACUUCUAACAAUUGGCUAUGCGUGUAUAUUCAUGAACAUGUUCGGUCAAUUUUAUUAUAACAGCUAUGUCAAAAGGAAACCCGAAACGGCAAAUGGGAGCAAACGGAAAUAA